AUGGCCGCCCCGACGCUCGAGGCUAUCCGCUACUCCCGCGGCAAGCUGCAGCUGCUCGAUCAGCUGAAGCUGCCCACCGAGACGGUCUUCAUGGACGUUCCCGACUGCGACGUGUGCUGGACCGCCAUCAAGGACAUGAACGUCCGCGGCGCACCCGCGAUCGCGAUCGCCGCAGCCCUCGCGCUGGCGGUGGAGCUCGACGGCGCCAAGGCGACGCUCGCGACCGCGGGCGACGUGUGCGCGUUCGUCGCGACGAAGAUGGACCACCUCAACACCAGCAGACCCACCGCGGUCAACCUCGGAGAGGCGGUCGAGCGCAUCAAGAAGCUCGCGGCGUCCCUCGACGGAUCCGGCGCGGACGCCGUCGAGGCGGUCAUCGCCGAGUGCGAGGGGAUGCUCGCCGCCGACAUCGCCAACAACCGCGCCAUCGGCUCGUUCGGCGCCGACGCGCUGUGCGCGGCGGUGGGAAAACCCGCGGGCGCCCCCAUCAGGGUCCUCACCCACUGCAACACCGGAUCCCUCGCAACCGCGGGAUUUGGCACCGCGCUCGGCGUCGUCCGCGCUCUGCGGGAGACCGACCGCCUGGAGCACAUCUACUGCAACGAGACCAGGCCCUACAACCAGGGCGCGAGGCUCACCGCGUACGAGAUCGCCUUCGAGAAGAUGCCCGGCACCCUCAUCUGCGACUCCGCCGCGGCGGCGCUCAUGGCCAAGGGGAAGGUUGACGCCGUCGUCGUCGGCGCCGAUCGCGUCGCGGAUAACGGCGACACCGCGAACAAGAUCGGCACCUACAACCUGGCCGUCUCCGCCGCGUACCACGACGUGCCGUUCUUCGUGGCGGCGCCCAUCAGCACCCUGGACCCGUCCACGGCGAAGGGUGCGGAUAUCGUCAUCGAGGAUAGACCCGCGACGGAAAUCACCCACAGCCUCGGGAAGCGGGUCGCCGCCGAGGGCAUCGACGUCUGGAACCCGUCGUUCGACGUCACCCCCGCCGCGCUCAUCGCCGGGAUCAUCACCGAGAAGGGGGUGGUGCGCAAGACGGCGUCGGGGGAUUUCGCGGUGGGCAAGUUUGUCGCCGAGGUCACCGGGUCCGACGCGCCAGCGCCAAAACUUUCGGGACCGCCCGGCUUUGUCGCGCUCGACUGCGACACCGUGCUGGACUACUGCGCCGCCAAGCCCGAGGUGGCCGCGGCGCUCGGUGGCGCGGAGGGCCGCGGCGCGUGGUCGGCGAAGGAGGUGGGCGACGGUAACAUCAACUUUGUUUACAUCGUCAGCAACGGCGCGGGCGGCGCGAUCAUCGUCAAGCAGGGUCUCCCCUUUGUCCGCGUCGUCGGGGAGUCCUGGCCGCUCACGCAGGAGCGGGUGCGGUACGAGGCAGAGGCGCUGAUGAUCGCGCACGGGUACUGCCCUCAGCACGUUCCCGAGGUGCACCUGUACGACGCACCGAUGUCCGUCAUCGUCAUGCGCUACCUCGAGCCCCCGCACAUAAUCCUCCGCGGCGGGAUCAUCGCGGGCACCGUGUAUCCCAAGCUCGCCGCGCACGUCGGCGAGUACCUCGCCACCACCCUGUUCGGAUCCUCCGCUCUCGCAAUCGGGUGCGAGGCGCUGCGCAAGGCGAGGCAGGCGUUCGGACAGAACGAGGACAUGUGCGCGCUCACCGAGCAGGUCAUCUUCACCGAGCCGUACGCCAAGGCAGAUAACAACCACUGGACCUCGCCGCAGCUGGACGACGCCGCCGCCGCGCUGAGGACGGACUCCGAGCUCAAGUCCGCGAUCUGCUCGCUCAAGCGAAGGUUCGCGUGCGACGGCGCGGCGCUGCUCCACGGCGACCUGCACACCGGCUCCAUCAUGUGCACCGAGUCGACGACGUUUGUCAUCGAUCACGAGUUUGCCUUUUACGGACCGCUCGGGUUCGACAUCGGCGCCUUCCUCGCGAACCUGUUCCUCGCGUACUUCGCCCAGGACGGCUACGAGGGCGACAGGUCGUCGCAGCGGGAGUGGCUCCUGGCGUGCGUCAAGGAAACCUGGGCCACGUUUGAGCGCAGGUUUGUACAGCUGUGGGACGAGCGGGGCGUGUCGGCGGGCAACGCGGGUCUCACCCCGGCGGCGCUUUACGACGCGGGUGCCGGCGCCGAGGGCGACGCGGCGGCGGCGCUGAGGGCGCACCAGGCGGCGUACAUGCGGGAGGUGCUGACGGACUCGUUCGGAUACGCGGGGGCUAAGAUGACGAGGCGCGUCGUGGGCAUCGCGCACGUGGCGGAUCUCGAGAGCAUCAAGGAUCAGGACGCGAGGGCGCGGUGCGAGAGGCGGGCGCUGGCGUGCGGCAGGAGGUUCAUGCUGGAGGCGAAGGAGCUCAGCAUCGAGGACGCGGUGGCUAUGGCGGAGGAGCUCAGGGCGUGAUAGGUUUUAAUGACAUGAGAUCAAGGACACG